AUGGCCACGGCACUGAGCGCUGAGGUCCAGCUGAUGCGACGCCGCGUUCGUCACAUCCAUAUUCCUGACCUCCCGCCCAGAUAUGCUCCGCGCGGCCUCGCCCCUAACAUACGUGAUCACAUCGACGCCCAGAUCACCCACCAACGCGCCCUUCAAGAGGAGCCACCACGGCCCGAGGCCAAACAUGGCUUCGCCAGGGUCGCGUCCAACGUCCCAACCUCGUUUACCUCGUGGGUCAAACGAGCUGGCCCACCGCCCACCGUCCUGUCCUUCACCCGUCGUCCUACUUACAUCCUGCCAAAACACCAGGUGGAGAGGCAGGAACCAUGGCAGGUCGAAUACCUCAUGAAGGCCCUCAAGAGCAGGAUGAACGUCCACUUCCCGGAGCCCCCCGCGUGGUCCUCGCUGCCUUGGAGGCCCUUCUGGGAACGGGAAAUGGCAGAGUCUGGCUGGAAGCACGACCCUCUCAAUCAUCAAUGGACCGAUGUUGGCGUGCUCAUCAUGCCCUGCGCAGAGGCGAUGUUCCUCGGGCCCGGGCAGGUGUCUAUUUGGCCCAUCAUUGAUCUCAAGGACGACAUACAACGGGGUUCCGUCACGAUAAAGACAAAAUACGAGUUCGAAAGAAUACUCGAGGAUACCACAAUCGAACUUCUGAAGCGAGAAUUUGGCAUCCAAGCAUUCGCCAUCCCGGGAUCAACUGGUGUCUGGGUCGAGUCAAGGAUUCCGCCCCCAGAGUUCGACCAGGAGCGAAGUGAAGGAGACGACAUAGUGAGUCGCCCAGAAAGCCUUGAUGCCGCAAACCGACGCGCAAACGUGCGACGCAUAGCCACCGUCCACACGUCCUUUACCGACGACAUCACCCAGUGGGGUGUGUCAAUCCACGUCGGUCAACCAGACCCCACAUUGGAGUCCUGGACAAACUCCACAAACCCGUGGACACCUAUACGGCAGCACAAUACCACGACUAGCAUAGCAGCAGAGCUUGCCCACAUGAAGAGCUCCGCGAGCCCCCUAGGUCCGAGCAAGUAUCUGUCCACGUACUACAACCAAAACGCCAUGCCCGCUAGUGCCGGACAGGGUGCCAUGCCUUACAGUCUCAUAAAGACCGGCUCGGGGCGGAGGAGCCCCGCUCCGCUGGGCAUGGACAAUCGAGACAUAUCCACCGCAUGGACGUACGAGUUCGCCAGACAGCUUGGAAUUAAGGAUGGCCACGUGGAUCACUACAGCAUGGUCGAAGCAGACGACAGAUAUGCGACCGAUUUGCCCACAAAGACCUCUGGGGCGGGCUUCAGGUUCAGAGGAGUCUACUCGGAGGAUGUGAUGAACAGCACAUACCGACAGGUAGACGUCCCGCACAUCCUGGUCGGUAAACAUGAGAAAGUGCAUCCGGGAAUUGUGGAGGAAUCGAUGCGCAUAGAACAUAAAGACGGGAGGAUCGACUCUGUCACGCACGACGGAUGGCUGUUGUCCUGGCCAUUGUGGGGGAUGACUCUCACCCGGAAACUUGACGAGGCCAUCUGUGGCGGGCCAAGCGAUACGCGCAGGAAGGUCUACGAAAUGCAGAAGCAAGCCUCCUCGAGGCUGCAGCGCCGCAGGAACGAGCUUAAGCAAGUGAAGGAGGUCGAGGACGCAUGGCGCGCGGACAUGCCUCACCUCGUCCGGCGACCUCUAAGUGACGAAAUCGUAAGAGAGCUGGCCGAUCGGUCGCGCGAGAUGGAGACGAUUCUCAAGACGGUGAGAAUGGGCACAAAGUCUGCGAAGCUGCUUGACAGUACCAUCCAGAUCCGGAGGCUUCUCGAGAAGCGCUUUGCGGGCGCUUUCAGCAGGAACGCAGGCACCACGGAGUCUGCCCGCAGUACCUCUUCAACCAGGAAGGAAAUUUCCAAGCGAGCCCCCGGGCCGAUGCAACCCGCAGACCCGGCUUCACGCUCGAAGAUCAGACCCUCUGAAUCUCUACCAAAUCAGUCGGAGAAAGGACGAAAUAGUCUCGGUGUGUCAGAGGGAGAGAGCAGCACAAUGCCGCCUCGCCAAGUGAAAUUUGAGGAACCGGCCGACAUCACGGGAACGAAGGCCGAACAGCACACUGACAAGCUCCCAGAACGCGGGAGGGAGCCCGUAAAGUUGGGUCUCCAUGCGCGGACCUUGGUGAAUUUUACCAAAACAAGGGCCGAGAAGGACCAGGACGCCGUCAUGAGACGCCUCGACUUGGGCAAGAAGCCCCGUGACGCCGAGAACGACGAGCCGGGGCAAGAGAGGAGACCGACGGAUUCCUCGGGGGAGACCAAGAAGCGCCGGGAGGCUGCCGGCGGGAAGGAGCAAGCGAGCUGGACGCCCAAGGACGCCGGCGAGGGAACACGUGCAGGUCCGCGCACAGCCGCGAGGGCCUCGCCGUACUUGCCGAGCACGCACCAGGUGGGAGGGUUUUGA